AUGUUGAACGCAGAAGGCGAUUUACGUGAUGGGCUAUCCGCCAGAGAGAUUUUUGCUAACAGUGAAGGUCUAACUUACAAUGACUUUCUUCUGUUACCUGGAUAUAUUAAUUUCACCGCUGAAGAAGUAGAUUUGACUUCGCCGCUUACAAAAAAGAUUCAACUCAAAGCUCCUUUGGUUUCAACUCCUAUGGAUACUGUGACUGAAGCUGAUAUGGCAAUUGCUAUGGCGCUCUGUGGGGGUAUAGGCAUUAUACAUCAUAAUUGCACCCCUGAUUAUCAAGCUAACGAGGUACAUAAAGUUAAGAAAUAUAAACAUGGUUUCAUCCGUGACCCCGUUUGCAUGGGGCCAGAGCAUACUGUCGCCGAUGUAAUAGAAGCAAAGAAAAAGAAUGGAUUUACAGGCUAUCCAAUUACCGAAAAUGGUAAGUUGGGUGGAAGGCUUAUAGGCAUAGUCACAUCCAGAGAUAUUGACUUCAGGGAGGGGAAUCCACAACUGAGUUUAAAAGAAGUUAUGACCCCAAUAGAUGAAAUGAUAACAGCCCAAUCUGGAGUAACACUUCAAGAUGCAAAUUAUAUACUUGAGAAAAGUAAGAAAGGUAAACUUCCCAUUAUCAAUAGUGCAGGAGAACUUGUAGCUUUAAUUGCAAGAACAGAUCUAAAAAAGGCACGAAGCUAUCCUAACGCCUCUAAGGACUCUAAUAAGCAACUACUGGUGGGUGCAGCUAUUGGUACUCGGGAAGCAGAUAAAGAACGUCUGAAGUUACUUGUUGAUAAUGGAGUUGAUGUUAUUGUCUUGGACUCUUCUCAAGGUAAUUCAGUUUAUCAGAUUGAGAUGGUUAAAUACAUCAAAGCAAAUUACCCAGGAAUAGAAGUUAUAGGUGGAAAUGUAGUCACAAGAAUGCAAGCCAAGAAUCUCAUUGAAGCUGGUGUAGAUGCUCUAAGGGUAGGAAUGGGAAGUGGGUCAAUUUGCAUAACUCAAGAAGUCAUGGCCUGUGGUUGCCCACAAGCUACAGCUGUUUAUCAAGUUGCUUCAUAUGCUCGGCAGUUUAAUGUUCCUGUUAUAGCUGAUGGAGGUAUUCAGUCAGUGGGUCAUAUUGUGAAAUCACUUGCAUUAGGAGCGUCUACAGUGAUGAUGGGAUCUCUUCUUGCUGGCACUUCGGAAGCUCCAGGAGAAUACUUUUUCUCUGAUGGUGUGAGGCUUAAAAAGUACCGUGGCAUGGGCAGUUUAGAAGCUAUGGAGAACAAAGAUGGUAAGGGAUCUGCUAUGAGCAGAUAUUUUCAUAAAGAAUCUGAUAAGCAUAGGGUGGCACAGGGAGUUAGCGGGAGCAUAGUUGAUAAAGGGUCUGUGUUAAGAUUCUUGCCUUAUUUGCAAACGGGUAUGCAACACAGCUGCCAAGAUCUUGGUGCGCCUUCCCUUGCUAUACUUCGGGAAAUGAGCUACUCAGGGGAUUUGCGUUUUAUGAAGAGGACAUACUCUGCACAGUUGGAAGGAAAUGUUCACGGUCUAUUUUCUUAUGAGAAAAGAUUAUUUUAA